CUGUACUCAAGAGGAAGGAAUCAAAUAAUUUCUGUACUCUUGACCUCAAUUUUAGGGUUUUGCUUGUACCAAAUGGCGACUCACAGUUUUUCAUUACUUUCAAUCCAGUCUUUAACUUCGAAUUCUAGCAACAGACAAAGUGAAAAUAAUACUUUAACCCAUAAGUAUUCUACUACUUCUUUUACUGGUGUAAAGCUUUUGAUUGGGCCACAGAAUUUGAACAUUUUUAGUCUCAAAAGUCGCCGUUCGACAGUGGCAACUGUUGCCUUUAGCCUCCCAACUGCGAAACCAGAGAGACCUCCUUCUGAGAAACAGCCCAAAUGGUCGGCAAGAGCAAUAAAGGCAUUUACAAUGGCUGAAUUAGAAGCAAGGAAGCUCAAAUACCCAAAUACUGGCACUGAAGCUCUCUUGAUGGGCAUCUUGGUCGAAGGAACCAGUUUGGCUGCCAAGUUUUUGAGAGCAAAUGGUGUAACCCUUCUCAAGGUGCGGGAUGAAACUGUGAAGUUGCUUGGAAAAUCCGACAUGUAUUUUUUCAGUCCAGAGCAUCCUCCCCUUACUGAACCAGCUCAAAGGGCUCUUGACUGGGCUGUCGAUGAGAAAUUGAAAUCAGGUGAAAGUGGGGAAAUAACAAUAGCAUAUCUGGUUCUUGGUAUUUGGUCAGAAAAGGAAUCAGCGGGACAUAGAAUAAUGGCUUCACUUGGUUUUGAUGACGAGAAGGCUAAAGAGUUAGCCAAAUCUAUGGACAAGGACAUUGAGAUGAGCUAUAAAUAAGUACUGCUGGAGGCACAAUCAAUAGAAUCAUCCUUUUAUCACAAUCUUCAGCUAAUUUCUGCUGCAGACGAGCUUAGUAACAAGCGUUCAUGGCCUUGUAGCAAUUUUACCCCAUGCACAAUGAUUUCUUCUCCUCUUUUUGGGUGGAAGAUGUUCUGUAAUCUAAACGGCUGGAAAAUUAACGCCAUCAAUUUUAGUGCUGUAGUAUUCCCCAAAAUGCAGUAGUCUUUUCGACCCAUUUUUUUUUUUGGCUUGGGGAAGUGUUUUCUUUUUAGGUGUAGAAUGUUUUCCGUUUAAAGUUUAAACCUGUAUGCAAUGAUGAUGCCAGACUAACAUGGGGAUUCGUGUG